AUGUCAGGCUCUCUCUAUAGGCAGGACCAUACCCAGAUGCAGCCUCCUCAAGUCCAGGAGCGAGGACAGUGGGCUACCAAAGCAGAAUUUAUUCUGACUGUGGCUGGUGCAAUUAUUGGACUUGGAAAUGUGUGGAGGUUUCCGUACCUAUGCUACAAGAAUGGUGGGGGUGCUUUCUUCAUCCCCUACCUACUCUUUCUGGGGACCUGUGGCAUUCCUCUGUUCAUACUGGAGACGGCACUGGGACAGUACACCAGCCAGGGAGGAAUAACAUGUUGGAGAAAGGUUUGCCCUUUGUUUGAAGGCAUGGGCUAUGCCAGCCAAAUUAUCAUUUUUUAUGGAUCUAUAAGCUAUAUUGUGAUCCUGGCAUGGGCUUUUCUCUACCUUUUCUCGUCGUUCUCUGGCGAGCUGCCAUGGGCCAACUGUAAUAACAAGUGGAAUACAGAUGCGUGUGUGGUAAUAAACAAUUAUACUACUACUGUGAACUGGACCCUCCCAUCGAAUACUACAUCAUCAGUUAUAGAAUUCUGGCAACGACGGGUGUUACAUAUAUCAAAAGGAAUAGAAUCCUUGGGAGAUGUGCAGUGGGACCUUUCUCUAUGCCUCCUGUUGUCCUGGAGUAUCUGCUACUUCUGUGUCUGGAAGGGAGUGAGAUCCACAGGAAAGGCAGCUUACUUCACGGCCACAUUCCCCUAUGUCAUGUUGGUGGUGCUGCUGAUACGAGGGGUGACCCUUCCUGGAGCCAUAGACGGUAUCCAUUACUACAUGUACCCUAAUGCUUCACGUCUAGCUGACCCACAGGUUUGGAUGGAUGCCGGCACCCAAAUAUUCUAUUCCUAUGCAGUUUGCCUGGGAUAUCUGACUACACUUGGGAGCUACAACAAGUACAACAACAACUGUUACAGAGACUCCUUCCUCCUUUGCUUGUUGAAUAGUGGGACCAGUUUUGCUUCUGGCUUUGCUAUUUUUUCAAUUCUGGGCUAUAUGGCACAAAAACAGGGUGUUGACAUUUCCACAGUUGCUGAGUCAGGUCCUGGCUUGGUGUUUAUAGUGUACCCACAAGCAGUCACCCUUCUGCCCUUGCCCCAGCUUUGGGCAGUUUGCUUCUUCGCCAUGAUCCUCCUCUUAGGAAUAGAUGGCCAGUUUGUGGGCCUCGAGAGCAUCAUGACUUCUUUAUCAGACGUUUACCCCUCUCUGAUCCGCAGAAGAUAUAACCGAGAACUUCUUUUGCUGCUAAUUUGUGUCACCUGCUUUCUGUUUGGCCUGUUCAUGGUGUCAGCGGCUGGUCCAUACAUCCUCCAGCUCUUCGAUCACUACGUGUGCAGUGGUCCUACUCUCCUGCUGCUGUCAAUCUGCCAGUCAAUCGUUAUCGGAUGGAUAUAUGGUGCUGAGCGAUUCUGUGAGAACAUUGAAGACAUGAUUGGAUAUAAACCCCUAUCUCUGAUCAAGUACUGUUGGCUCUACGCCAUCCCUUUUAUUUGCACGGGAACAUUAGUAUUUUCCAUCCUGGAGUAUAGCCCACUCAAAUUCAACAACACGUAUGUGUAUCCCUGGUGGGCCUACCGGAUUGGCUGGUUUCUUGCUAUAUCACCUCUCACCAUGAUUCCAAUAAACAUGAUCUUGAAAGUAAGCCAAAGAAAAGGGACUCUCUUGCAGCGCCUGAAGAAAUGCUGCCAACCAGCAGGUGACCUCCCCAUGAUGAUGAGAGAAAUGGAAGGGCAUUGUGCCUUAACACCUGUCCUUGAUGAUGGAAAAUUUGGCAGUAAUUAA